CGAUUGGUCGGAACAUACCACUAUGUCAGUAGACACAGGGGGAGCGGGACUAAUUAGUUGUCAAAGGAGAAGCAGCGCGGAAUUUUCCUAGUUAGCUUGAAGUGACACAAACAUUAGUAAUGAAAGUUCUGCUACAUGCACAUUCCUCGAAUAAAACGCUGGGGUAAAGGGGUUAGUUGUGGGUAAACCCACAGCGGGAUGCUAGGUCCUGGGCCAGCCGGGGCUCUGGUUUCUCUGAAACUCACCAGCGCCAAGGAACCUGAGGUGAUCGCACAACUGCGCCUGGAGCAGAAUCAUGUGGUGGAAGUAUCAUGGAGUGAGCAGGAGCCCGUUUAUCUUUGCUGGAUGGAGAGUCGGAGUGGCACUUGCUCGGUUACAAAUGUGGCAGAACUGAACAGACAGUUUGGUGAGACCCUUGGGUUUUCAGAUGGGCAGCAGGUCUUCCUCAAGCAAUGCACUAAUGUUAUUUCUUGUAAGACGGUCACAGUUGAGCCCUUGACUGCUGAUGACUGGGACAUACUGGAACUUCAUGCUUCACCCCUUGAAUCCCAUCUUUUGGAUCAAAUUAGAAUAGUUUAUCCUAAGGCUAUAUUCCCAGUAUGGGUUGACCAGCAUACCUGUAUUUACCUUCAGAUUGGUAAAUGCACCCGUGGCAGUGACAAAGCAUAUAAGUCUACUAAAGGAGAGCUAUUAAUGUAUGUUAAUCCUGAGCCUGCACCCACAGAAGAGCCUCACAGACACCUACAUACAGAUCAAAAUCUUUUUUACUUGAAACUGCAAAAUUUAGGAGGGGUGAGUAAUCUGGGGAAUUCAUGCUAUGAGCAUGUUGUUCAUUGUCUCAUGGGAAAUCCAGUCUCCAGACAGCUGGUUGCUUCUGCGUCUGGACUUCGAAGUGGAGGAGUUCUUCUUUAUGGACCAAAGGGAAGCGGAAAAACAACUCUAGCAAAAGCCUUAUGUAAAGAAGCAUCUGAAAAUCUGGAAUCACAUGUAGAAGAAAUUAAAUGUAAAGUAUUAAAAGGGAAAACUUUUGAAAAUAUUCUUCAAACACUAGAAGAAACCUUUGAAGAAGCAGCCUGGAGGCAGCCAUCAGUUAUACUUUUAGAUGACCUCGAUCAAAUUGCCGGUGCAGUUUCUACACCAGAAAUGGAGCAGAGUCCUGAAGCAUCUCAAAGCAAACAACUUGCAUAUGCUUUGAAAGAUUUAAUAAAGAAAAUCAUUUCCAUGGACACUUUGGUUUCUGUAAUCGCUACAUGUCAGUCUGAACAUUCUCUGAAUCCUGUGCUAAUUUCUGAGCAAGGAACACAUCUUUUCCAGUGGGUUAAAGCUAUCCCACCGCCAACACAGGAAGAGAGAUCUGAAAUGCUACGCUGCGUGAUAGAGAACAGGCUAAAUAUUGACACUGCUAGUUCUAGAGACAUUGACUUCCAGUAUCUUGCAAGAGAAACAGAGGGCUUUGUAGCAAGAGACUUUACCAUGCUUGUUGAACGAGCCAUCAAGUCUAGUGUGUCAACCCGACGGAUUUUCAGGAAACAAGAUUUGGUUUUGUCAACGACUGACUUCCAAAAAGCUCUGAAUGGAUUUACUCCAUUGUCCUUAAGAAAUGCACAGCUGCAUAAACCAAAGAAGCAGGGCUGGAACAUGGUGGGAGGAUUACAUGAUGUUCGCCAAAUUCUCAAGGACACCGUUGAGUUACCAGCCAAGUAUCCUGAGCUAUUUGCAAACCUUCCCAUACGCCACAGAUCUGGAGUGUUGCUGUACGGUGCACCUGGAACAGGGAAGACGCUGUUGGCUGGUGUUAUUGCUCAUGAAAGUCGAAUGAACUUCAUCAGUAUUAAGGGUCCAGAGCUCCUCAGUAAAUACAUUGGGGCAAGUGAACAAGCAGUGCGGGAUGUCUUUACCAGAGCCCAGGCUGCUAAGCCUUGUAUUUUAUUCUUUGAUGAGUUCGAUUCCAUUGCUCCUCGGAGAGGCCAUGAUAACACUGGUGUAACUGACAGAGUGGUCAAUCAGAUGCUGACACAACUCGAUGGAGUGGAAGGAUUACACGGAGUAUAUGUUUUGGCUGCCACUAGCCGCCCUGACUUGAUCGACCCUGCUCUGCUCAGACCUGGAUGAUUGGAUGAGUGCCUUUAUUGCCCCCCGCCAGACCAGGCCUCACGAUUUGAAAUCUUUAAAGGCCUCAGCCAUUCCAUGCUUUUAGAUGAAAAUGUGGACUUGAAGCAUAUUGCCUCUCUGACGGAUCAUUUCACUGGAGCGGAUCUCAAAGCCUUGCUGUAUAAUGCUCAGCUGGAGGCAAUACAUACAAACCUGUCAACAACCCUUCCUCAGGACAAUAAUUCUGGCUCUGACAGUGAUAUGAGCUUGUCUUCCAUAAUAUUCCUGAACCACAGCAGUGCUUCUGAUGACUUGGGAGACCAAGUUCUGGACCAGUCUUUACCUUCCUUGGAUAUGAUAAAGCUUCCCACCGAAGACAUUCAUUCCAGCAUGUGGCGUCUUUACUUUGGAAGUUCGUAUGAUUCAGACCUGGGAAACUGCAGUUCAGAACAGACUUCCCAGAGCUUAUCUGAAAGCAAUUCCAUUACACAUGAGUUUACUGGGCCGACUAUAGGAGAAUUAGUGCCUUCACAAGCUCUAGUGUUUAUAAGCAGCUCACCAGAAGAUCCCCAGCAACACAGGCAGGAACAAUGUCACAAACUAGAUGAUGAGAUCAGUGUACCCAAGGCCAACUGCAUGAAUGUGGUCUAUGAUUCUCGCAGCCAAACGGAGCCCAAGAAGAGUCUUCUGAUAAAACAACAUCACGUUAUGAAUGCGCUUGCCAGCACAAGGCCUUCUAUAAGCCAAGAGGACUGGAAGUUUUUUAACCGCCUAUAUGAAAAUGUUCAAAACCCAAAGCAAACGAACAGGGAAACUUGGAGAAAUGGACAAAAAGUGACCCUUGCAUAACAACAAUCGCGCUGACUCCUGCAAAUUGUAUCUAAUCAAUUAUUGAUUAAUUGUAAUUAAUAAAUGAUUUAUUUUUUA